GAAAAACAUUACUUUGUCAAUGUUUUGGCGACCUCUAAGGAAAUUGUUUACAAAUGGCGGCCAAGUCGGCAAAGUGCAAAAUGAUAGACUUUUAGGGUUAACAACGGUUUUACUGAUCAAAAUUCUUCAAGCAUGAAUUUUAAACCUAGCUGAGUAUAAGAGGUUCAUUGGUGAUCCAAGAUGUCACUUAGAACGAGAAUACGAGGCUUCACAGCCUGGGUGAACCUUCGCCUCAAAGCUCAUGACCAUCUUAUGAACAAUGUUUUGAUGGACUUGAUGACGGGAACAAAUAUGAAAGAAUUGGUUGAAAGCAUGACUGGAAGGGACUUCAAACAACUCCAGAGUUUUGAUGGAUUAUCCCAAAUGCAGAAAAUUACAAGAGUGGAAUGGAUCCUCAGAGAAUUACAAACAUGUAAUAUAGUACCAGGAGACAUGUUCAUUGAUGCAAGGCUGUUUGCAAUGAGGAGUGCAGAUCAGAUAUUUGAGUUACUAUGGCGACUAGUUAGUCAUGAUAUCUGGUUUGUCUGGGAGAGAGCUGAGUUCUUGCAGCAUAAAGAUGAUGACAUUCUAUGUGAAGUGCCUUUUAAGUGGACCCCUGAUCCUCCACCAAAGUCAGCCAAAAAGAAAACACGACGGAAGCAGUCAUUGCUGUCAGGUUUUGGAGCAUCUUCAUUUAUUGAGGAAAAACUCUCGGGGGAUGAACAGAAUGAUUCCCCACCCCCUCCCAAAUGGGAUCCCUACCCUGGAGCUAUGAAGAUGAAGCAAUAUAAACAGAAUCGUCCUGCCCCUGGUAACUACCCGAGACCUGAUGAGUGCAUAUUUGAACUAGUACAAACACAUCUAAAGAUGACAAGAGAGGGAAGGAAGCUUGUUUGUGAGAGCAUUGAUGAUUUUGUAGACAGUCGUGUCCUCUGUGCACUGCUCAACUCCUUUGUGCCAAACAUAUUUACCACUGAAGUAUUACUCAAUGACAAAUGGACAAUCAACCUUGUGUUAAAAACUGCUGAGAAAAUGUUCUAUGCUGAUUCUCCAUUCAACUCAGAGGACUUGGUAGAAGCUGACCCAAUGUCUGUCUGUUCAUACUUCACUUUCUUCUUCCUGGUGGCGUAUAAAUACAGACAAGCAGUAGCAGUCAUUAAUAGAAUGGAAUGGCUACAACGUUUGGUCCGUGAAUGCCUCCAUGAACUGGACCAGUUUCCACAGAUUGUGUCUAACAUGGAGGAGAUGAACAGACGUAAGGAGCUGAAACAAGAGAUUGAGAUGCACAGAGAAGACAUUGAAGUCAUUAGGAAACAAUACGAUGUUGAUUUCUGUGAAAAAUGGAGGGACCAUGUAAAGGAUGUCGUCAAAGAAACCCACAAGAUUGUGAGAGAGAAGAUCCAGCAAAGAUUUGAUGUUGUGAAAGUACCAAGAAAUAUAACAAUAAAUGAUAUGUGCCUCUCUAUGGUUAUCAACUUGACACUGACCAAUGGUGCUGGCUUCUACCUGUGCGAUAGCAAGGAACUCUGUGGAGAAGGAAGAAGGAUUGUAUUGAGGAAUAAAAAGACAGGCGAAUUUUUAGAUGACUUUACUUCCAAAAACAAAGUGAGUGUGCGUAAGCUGUUGAGACUGAAGCAAUAUGAUGUUGUUGAAGUAAACCCAGACCAUUACCCAGAAUAUGAAAUAUUCUUUGAAGCCCCAUCCAGGAACAAACAACUGAAACAUGGAUCCUACUUUCUCUACCAAGUGUUUCCUGGCAACACCAUCAACUGGCAGCAUCAGUUCAUAAUGGCUGCAAAGUCUAACGAAUUUGAUAUUGUGGAAAAAAUGGUGGUAUUCUUCAAGUCACAUCCAUCCUUUAUCAAUGCGAGAGAACCCAAGACUGGGAAUUCAGCUCUGCAUUGGGCAUGUAGAUUAGGUUAUGAGAAAAUAGUGCAGUAUUUACUAGAGAACUUUGCCAACAUUGAUCUGAAGAAUCGACACAAGCUGACACCACUUUUUCUAGCAGUGGAAGGCAUCCAUAGGAAUAUAUGUCAUUUACUUAUAGAGUGGGGGUGUGACAUGCACUGCAUGAACAUGAAACAGGAGACUGUCUUAGAUUCCACAAAGAAUGAUGAAGUCAAACGCUUCUUAGCUGAUACAUAUGACUAUUACUCUGGUGUGGUUCCCAACAUAAUGAAGGGCAACCAGAAUGCUAUGGAGAAAACUAUACGUAACCAUAGCAAUGGAAUUUAUGAACUUCGUAAUCUAAGAAGCAGGAUGAUAAAUGGCAGUACAUUACUACAUACAGCAGCCUAUUUUGGCCAGGUACCUGCAGUAAAAGAUCUGUUACAACUGAGGUUGGAUGUCAAUCUCUCAGAUUACAAAGGGGCAACUCCCCUUCACAGGGCCCGCAAUGUUGAUAUCAUGAGGAUAUUGCUAGAUGCUGGUGCAUUGACUAAUGCUGAUGACACGGAAGGUAACACUGCCUUACAUGUGAAAUGUUAUGGUGAGACAGGAGAACCAUCAGAGGUACAAGCUGUAGAGUUACUCAUAGCAUGUGGGGCCAGCCUUAUUUUGAGAAACAACAGGAGUUUAAUGCCCAUACACUGUGCAGCCAUGCAGGGGCGUAUUGAUUUGAUCAAGUCCAUGAUGAAGUCUCACAAGUGUGACCAGAUGAUGGAGUGUCUCAACUCAGAGGAUGCCAAAUCUCCUCCCAGUCUAGUCCACCUUGCUGUUGCUAAUGGUUACCUUGAGGCUGCUGACUGGUUGGUCAGUACAGGAUUCUUAUUCAAGGAUGGAGAACAAGACACAUUGAUGCAGAGAAUACUUUCCGAGCAAAUCAAACCUGAUAAUAGGAUGGGGGCUGCCAAGUUUCUGUUAGAGCAUGAUGCUAAUCCCAAUCCUAGGUACCCAAAUGGUAACAGUGGCCUCCACUAUGCUGCCAGUAUGUCAGGCAAUACUGAUGUACUAGAUCUCCUUUUAGACUAUGGGGCAGAUAUAGAUGGCUACAAUGAUGACCUUUCAACUCCACUGUUCUUUGCCACACAGACUAACAAUCAGUUUGCUGCUAGUGUCCUGGUAGAGAGAGGGGCCAAUGUAAGAACCAAAAAUUCUCAAGGCCUAACAGCCUUUGACUGUAUUCUUGACUAUGAUGAGUGGAUCAACUGCGGCUACUUUAGUGAAGAGAUCAGAGCCAGACUUAAAGCCUACAGUUUAAAACAUGCCAGAGAUCUAGUCAGAGCAAUCUCAAAGAAGGUGAAACCAAACUACAACUUCAUAAGGAAUGAUCUUCACUUAACUCAAUCAGCGCCUAAUUUGGGCAUACAGGCACUACCGACAACAUCACUCCCUGUUGUUCAGAUGCAAGACUCUAGGAUAAAUUUUUUUGAGACUGGAGGUAGAAAAUCAGUUCCUUUGGAUUCUCGAGGCAGUUAUCCUAGAAUAUUGCCCCCUUUGUAAACAAGUCUUACUGGCAGAUUUUCUCAGCUCUCUUAUUAAUGUCAUGCUGAAUAUGUUCAGAAAGUAGAUUGUGCCUUCAAAAGGAUGGAUUGUGCCUUUGGACUUCGGAGGGAAGUUCUUUGAAUUUUCUUGUAGCUUUCUGUGUAAGAAACCUUUUACAGUAACUGAUACAAUAACUUGGUAUGCCAAACAAAAGCCUGGGCAUCUAGACUCUUUAAGAUGAAGUUGACCUACCAGGAAAUUACAUUUUGUACUAGACACGCAUUUAAGAAAGGACGGAUAUUGUUAAUAUGUUUGCUCCUCACAAACUGGGCGAGGACACGGACCGCCAGUGCCUUACCCUGUUACCCGUACAUGUGUUUUUUUAUACACAAUAAUACUCAUUAUUUGAUACAUCUGUGAUAUAUGUAAAGUGCCUAAAUCUACAUUUUAGUUAGACCUGGCACCAAAUCACCAUGAUGCUGGUUAGACAUGACACCUUACCAUGCUAAGACCUGACACCAUACUUUGAGACAUGAAAUGAUUGAUGGAACUGACAAAGUCAAACCAGACAUUACUUUUGGUGGACAGACUAUUUGAAUAAGAACAUGAACUUUCUGUUUGGCCAUCUUGAAUCUGCUCAGAAAGUAGAUUGUACCUUCAAAAGGAGUUUCUGUUGGAUAUGUCUGACUUAACCUUUGACAAUGGAUUUCACACGACAAUGGAUUUCACACGAUUGUUACAUACAUGUACCAUUAUGACUUGCAGAUUUAGACCUGCCACCAUUUGGACGUAAAAACCAUAGUGAGAUUAUAUUUAUUGGAAAAAAUAUUUUUAAGAUAUCAGAAGCUUGUAUACAUGUGAUUGAUUAUAUAACUAUUUUUACUUCCAAGUCUUUGACUUUUAUUAUGACUGUGCUGAAUUUAUGAGAUUACAUGUAUCUGUGAUAUGGAUUUGUGAUAUUUUGUAAAUUGUAUUAUUGAACAUUUGAGUUUUGCAUAUAAAUAGUUUGUAUAUAUUGUACAUGUGAAUGGAAUUAUUGUAUAGAGAAACCUGAAAUAGAGAUAUGCAUAAAUGUUACAACUUGUAUAAUAUAGUAUUUUGUACUUACGUAGACUCCUUUUAGUUAAGUCAAGUUUUCAUGGUCGGCGAUUUUGCUUUUGAAUCAAAAGCGUUUCAAGUUAACUUCUUUUCACUUUGUAUCAGCAUCUAGAAGCAAGUUAUGUUAACGAUUCCCGAUGUUAACGAUUACGAUGGAACCCUUGAUGAAACUAGACACAUCAACGAAAAUGAUUUGAGACACAGGUUUCUAACAGUGCCUAAAUCGUAAUCGAAUUAACUGACAGUUGACCACACUUAGGGUUAAUUAAUCAAUGUUAACUUUUUAGUUUUGUCAGCAGUUCUGUAUUUCGUAUAUUAAUAAACACUUUAAUGAUUUAUGUAACCACAUGUUUUGAACAUGUAUAUCCGUCUUUUUUAAAUGAGUAGCAGUGAGUUAGUUGGAUUACCAUUCACUUCUGGCUAUAGACGCCACAUUACACACGUGUUAAAG